UACUGUGAAAUGAGAAACUGAAAUGUAACAAUGUGAUAUUGACUGUUGGACUUUCAGCCACGUAGUUUCCUUCUUUCCAAGCAAUGGCAGUAUCGGGACGUAAACUAACCGACCUUCCUGGACCAGUGUCCAGUAGUUCAAAGGACUACAACUGUGACCCAUGUUUGACCAUCGGUCAGCAUAUUAAAGCUCAUGGAUUUUGCAUCGACUGCCAGGAAUAUCUAUGCAUGAAUUGUUUUGAAUGUCACCAGAGGACAAAGGCCUCGAAAGAUCACCAACUUGUAAAAAGUGAUACGGAUUCAGGUCGAGGUUCAAAUGAGUGUACUGAAAAGUGCCAUGUGCACAAGAAAGAAGCUUUAAAAUUCUUCUGUAAGAAUCAUGAAGUACUUGGUUGUACAGACUGCAUGACUAUGGAUCAUAGGACAUGUGACCUUGACUACAUACCUGAUAAAUGUGAAGGAAUAGUGGACAGUGAAGAAUGCAGACAAAUUAUGAGAGAGCUGGAUCAGAAGGUGAAAGAAAUAGAGAAUAUUAUUCAACAGGCUACCGUUAAAAGCAGUCAGGUUGACUCUUGCCGUGGGAAUGUUGUAGAAGAAAUCAUUAAAUUCAGAAAAGAAAUAAAUGACCACUUAGAUAAAAUUCAGAAAAAUAUUGAGUCCGAUGCUGAUGAAAGAAAGUCAAAAGAUGAACAGAUAAUCAAAAGUGUGCUUGAAAAAUGUACCGGCGUUUCUUCAGAAAUGAAAGAAGUUCAGUCACGGAUACAGGACAGCACAUCUGCAAAACAGGAUGCACAACUCUAUAUCACCAUAAAGCGUGCCAAGUCCAAGCUAAGUUCAGAUGAAAUAAAUGAUGCCAGGGUAGCUUUGGAAGAUACGAAUGUUAACUAUGUGUUUGAACGUUGUGAAUAUCUACAAAACAUACUGUCCAAUCAAGUAUUUGGGAGGCUUAACGAUUCUACGGAUGCUACUGGACCUAGUUUAACGGUGCCAUUUGACAGGCUGACCCUUACAGAUAGUAUUAAUGUUAAAACAAAAUCAGAGACCGAUCCAAAGUUCAUCACAGGGUGUGCUGUUCUGUCCAGUCACAAAGUCAUAAUCGCUGACUUUGACAACAAAACGCUGAACGCCAUUGACACAGACAGUAAAGUCAUAAAAGAAAUGAAAAAAAUUGAUUCAGAACCAUGGGACAUUGCUGUACUUCCUCAGGACCAGAUUGCCGUGACAAUACCAGGAAUGAGUGUGAUCAAUAUAAUGACAACCGCUAGUAAACUGUCAGUUGUCAGAAUUACUCCAGUUAAAGGACGAUGUAGAAGUGUAACUUAUCAUCAAGAUAAUAUAUAUGUGGUUUGCAAGAAUCCUACUCGUAUAUUAUCAAUGGAUAUUCGAGGAAAUGUCCACAGGAAGAUUUUGCUGGAUAAUAAAAAGUUUAAAGAGCCACGUUACAUUGUUAUUGAUAAGGAUUCAACAAAUAUCUAUGUAAGCGAACAUAGCACUAACUCUGUACUCUGUGUAACACAGACAGGUGAAAUAUUGUCCAUAUUCCGCCACAAUGAUCUAUGUGAGCCUGAAGGGAUUACUCUGUUAGAUGAUGCGUCAUUGUUGGUAUGCAGCUACGAUAACAAUGCGAUUCUUCACAUUUCAGUGGACUUCAAACAGUGUCAGGAAUUCGCUAGCGUAGAAGAUCCACAAUCUAUAUGCUGCAAUUAUGGUCAACAGAUGGUUUAUGUUGGGAGUCAUGGCUGUGAUCAGUUGAGAGUAUUAAAUCUGAAAUAACAUACGUGUGACAGAAUAUAAGAUGUUUAUUGGCAUUUGAUAGCUACUAUUCUGAGUAGUUUAAUAUUUGCCCUUGUUCCAUGACUUUGCAUGAAAUUGUUUUCAAGGCAUUUAUAAAAUGACAAUGACUAUAAUCAGUCUUAUUACCAGAUAGACAUCAUAUUUAAUAUCUUUAUCCAUAUUCAUUCAAGACAUAAUGUCAUGUCUUGUAUCAUUUUUCA